AUGCCCCGAUCCUCCUCCCCGUCAGACUCGACCUCAUCCUCACUUGUGCAUGUGCUGCCUCCUGACCCUAGUCGAUCCGCCUCUGCCUCUGCCUCUGCUUCUGCUUCUGCUAUUGCCAGUGCCACAUCAUCCUCCCCCGAUCCCAUUGACCACGAAGACGCCCUCCCGCCUUGCCUCCUGAGCCCGUCACCUUUGCUCCUCCCACCGUCCACCGCGUCAUCCCCUGGCCACGCGACCACAUCGCCAAUACCCGCGAACCCGGAUGACCCCCGGUCACAAGACGUCGCCGUCACUGAUCUUAUUCACACAUAUUCGCACUUGGGCUCAGCCCCUACCUUGACCAACACUAAUAACGAGAACCCUAUCCGCGCACGCGGCCCCGUUACCGAACAAGAAUUCGAGAUGGAGCCGUUGAAAGGGGUCGGUCACCGCCGGCGCCGCAGUUCUCUCAUGCAAAACGCCGGCUCCAGCAACCACCAGAAGGCCCCGUCGAGGAGUCAGGGGAACCUGUCCGAAGAACCAAAGAUAUCGGAGGAGGACUUGGGCGCGACACCGUCGGCCUCCAAAGACGCCGAAAACGACAGCUUCUCCGACGAGGACCUCCACGAUGACGAGGAGAUGGGCCUGACGAAGAAGGACAAGCGCAGGAAGAAGAAUAAGAGAAGGAACAACACACGAUUAGACCAGAGAAUCGUCCGCGGAGAGAUCUCGGCCGAGGAGAAGAAGGAGGCCGACCAAAACGUUAUUAGGAGGUCUGUCAUCAACGUGGUCUUGAUCUUGCUGUGGUACUUGUUCUCACUCAGCAUCUCAUUGUACAACAAAUGGAUGUUCGACCAAAACCGCCUCAAUUUCGCCUUCCCCCUGUUUACGACCGCCUGCCACAUGCUGGUGCAGUUCGCCCUCUCAUCUUUGGUCUUAUUCUUAGUACCCUCACUACGCCCGUCAAAUGGCCUGCGAAACUCGGACAUGGGCCGCUCACGCCAUGAAUCCGAGCCGGACCGGCCGUUGAUGACCAAGAUGUUCUACCUGACGCGCAUCGGGCCCUGCGGCGCCGCGACAGGUCUUGAUAUCGGGUUGGGAAACACCUCACUCAAGUUCAUUACCCUCACCUUUUACACUAUGUGCAAAUCAUCUUCUCUAGCGUUCGUUUUGAUCUUCGCCUUCUUAUUCCGGCUCGAACAGCCUACCUGGCGUCUUGUGGCCAUCAUUGCCACAAUGACUCUCGGUGUCGUUCUCAUGGUCUCGGGGGAAGUCGAAUUCAAGGUCAGCGGCUUCAUCCUCGUCAUCUCUGCCGCCUUUUUCUCAGGUUUCCGCUGGGGUCUGACCCAGAUCCUUCUGCUCCGCAAUCCAGCGACCUCCAACCCCUUUUCCAGUAUUUUUUUCCUGGCGCCAGUUAUGUUUUUGACAUUGAUCGUCAUUGCCAUUCCCGUCGAGGGCUUCCCGGCUCUCAUCGAAGGCCUGAAGAUCCUCGUGGCCGAGUGGGGUGCUAUCACGACCCCACUGUUCCUGCUCUUCCCCGGCUGCAUCGCCUUCCUCAUGACCGCCUCCGAGUUCGCUCUCCUGCAGCGCACCUCGGUUGUCACCCUCUCCAUUGCCGGUAUCUUCAAGGAGGUUGUCACCAUCUCUGCUGCCGCUCUCGUUUUCAACGACCGCCUGACGCCCAUCAACUUCGUCGGUCUCAUCACCACCAUGGGCGCCAUCGUUGCGUACAACUAUAUCAAGAUCACUCAGAUGCGUGAGGAUGCUCAAAAGGAGGUCCAGCGUGGCCACAUGGAGGUUGCCUCCGGCUCGUCUUCGAGCGGAAGCGACAACGACGAUGGUGGCGAAGAAACGGGCCUUCUGCGGAACAGCACCGAUUAUGAGGACAACCUCGUCACUGCAGACGGCGAUAUUUUGCCCAACCCGCAACACACGGCGCAAGGAUCACGAACAGCCCAGGCUCACCGCGACAACUAG